AUGGAGGCAUACUGCACUUAUACCCCCAUGGAUCCAGAAGGUCCUGAGAAUAGAGCAGCUGUAAUCAUGAGUUUUAUAAACCAGUCGGUCACGGACAUUAGGAAGAAACUGCAGAGAAUAGAUAGAUUAGGAGAAAAGAGUUUUCAGGACUUGCUGGAGGUAGCUGAGAAAGUGUAUAACAAUCGGGAGCCUCCUGAGGAAAAGCAGGCUCGUGCCAUGGCAGCUGUCAGUGACAAGCAGACCCGAAAUCUGGCCAAGAUUCUGCUCGCCACCACCGCGGACUCCCCUGAGGAACGGACUCACCACCUUCGCCACCUUCACCAACUUGCCAAUGACCAGGAGAGAGACAGACUAAAGUCCUGGGUGCAAGGGGCAACUGGCAUGAGCCAGUAUUCAUGGACUACCUGAAGAAGAGUAGAUGUAGGAAUGGGCCGGGUAUCCCAUUCCUUCAUGGUAAUACCGGAAUGCCCCUACCCCCUAUUAGGACAGGACUUGCUGACCAAGAUUGGAGCCCAAAUAACUUUCAGACAAGGGGGGGCCCAGGUCACUGAUGGCAAAGGCCACCCCAUCCAGGUUCUGACCCUGAGACUGGAGGAUGAAUAUCGCCCCCACCAGGGGGUGCCCCCAGUAGAAAGCAAUAUGGACAGAUGGCUACAAGAAUUCCCCGCAGCUUGGGCAGAGACGGGGGGAGUAGGACUGGCCGCUCACAGGGCCCCAACCCUGGUGGAGCUAAAUCCAGGAGAAGGCCCGAUAAGAGUUAAGCAGUACCCUAUGUCCCAGGAGGCCCGGAAGGGGAUCCAGCCUCACAUCCGGAGGCUGCGAAACCUAGGGGUACUGGUUCCCUGCCAAUCUGCCUGGAACACCCCCCUCCUGCCAGUCAGAAAGCCUCACACGAAUGACUACCGACCAGUACAGGACCUCCGAGAAGUAAGUAAGAGAGUCAUGGAUAUACACCCGACUGUUCCUAACCCAUACACUCUCUUAAGCUCUUGGGCGCCCUCCUGAGUCUGGUAUACUGUAUUGGACUUGAAGGAUGCCUUUUUCAGUCUGCCGCUGGCGCCUCAAAGCCAAUCCUUGUUUGCCUUCGAAUGGCACGACCUGGAGGAGGGCUACAGUGGACAAUUAACCUAGACACGAUUGCCCCAAUGGUUCAAGAAUUCGCCCACCAUCUUCGACAAGGCACUGCAAGAGGACUUGGGUGAGUACAGGAGAGAGCACCGUCUCACCCUCCUCCAAUACGUAGAUGACAUCCUGAUUGCUGCCGACACCGCCGAGGACUGUGAGCAAGGGACCCGAGAUCUGCUGGCCACCUUGGGGACCUUAGGUUACCGGGCAUCGGCGAAGAAAGCUCAGAUAUGCAGAGAGAGGGUGAGUUAUUUGGGAUACAUCCUGGAGGGCAGACAGCGGCGGUUGUCUGAUGCCAGAAAAGUGACAGUCUUGAAAAUCCCUACUCCCACUUCCUGGAGGGAAGUGAGGGAAUUCUUAGGAUCGGCUGGCUAUUGCCGCUUCUGGAUACCGAGUUUUGCCCAGAUCACCAGACCCCUAUACGAAGCUACCAAGGAGGGGAGGGCAUUUGAAUGGACUGAGAAAGAAGAGACUGCCUUUAACCAGAUAAAGAAAGCCCUUUUGGCUGCUCCAGCCCUGGGACUGCCGGACAUUACAAAGCCCUUUCGCCUCUUUGUAGACUAACGCAAGGGAAUAGCAAAGGGGGUUUUAACUCAGGCCUUAGGCCCCUGGAGCCGCCCCGUAGCGUACCUGUCUAAGAAGCUGGAUCCAGUAGCUGCUGGCUGGCCGCCGUGCUUGAGAAUCAUUGUGGCAGACGCCGACAAACUGACCUUGGGGCAGGAAAUCGGGAUCACAACCCCGCAUGCCAUUGAGGGGGUCCUAAAACAGCCUCCUGACAGGUGGAUGAGCAACGCACGUAUGACCCACUAUCAGAGCCUGCUGCUCAACCCCCCUAGAGUGCGGUUCCAUCCCAGUGCGGCCCUCAACCCUGCUACUCUGCUGCCUUACCCCGACUUAAAUGCCCCACUACACGACUGUGCGGGGAUCUUAGAGCAUGUACACGGACUCCAGAAGGACUUGACUGACGGGCCCCUCCCUGAUGCAGAGGCUACCUGGUUCACAAAUGGGAGCAGCUUCGUGCGGAACAGGUGCAGGUAUGUGGGUGCGGCGGUGGUCACUGAAGCGGACACCGUAUGGGCGGAGGCCCUGCCCUCUGGGAUGUCAGCCCAGCAGGCAGAACUCGUCGCCCUUACCAAGGCACUGACACUAGGGGCCGGGAAGAGGCUUAAUGUUUACACAGACAGCCAUUAUGCAUUUGCUACAGCUCAUGUCCACAGGGCAAUCUAUCAGGAGAGAGGGCUGCUGACAGCAGAGGGACGGACAGUAAAGAAUAAGCAGGAGAUUCUUGACCUGCUUGCGGCCUUUUUGCUCCCUGCCAAGUUAGCCAUUAUCCACUGCCAAGGGCACCAGAAGACAGAUGACCCAGUGGCAAGAGGUAACCAAAAGGCUGAUCAGACAGCCAAGGCAGCUGCCUUCACUUUGGUCCCCACCAUGGCCCUACAACUACCAGACCCAGGGGACCCGGUUUUGCCAGACUAGCCCGGGGAGUCCCAGGAAGAGUUUCAGCGGAUCAAGAAGCUUCCCCACGCCCAGGAGGUAAAGGGAUGGUGGUAUACACCUGACAAGGAGCUUGUACUGCCAGGCUGACUUGGAGUCACAGUGUUAGAACGCAUGCACCGAUCCACCCACCUGGGGGCCCAGAAAUUAAAGGACUUAAUACAGCAUGCCAGGAUCAGGAUUCACCAACAAGACUCCAAAAUAAAUCAGAUAGUAGUGCCGGGGUCCAGCCCCAGCAGGUCCAGGGUAGCCUCCUGUAGGACCUGCCAACUCACAAACGCAAGAGCUGGGUCAGGUGGAGAAGGAACCAGGCUCAGAGGAACCAAACCGGGAGCACAAUGGGAGGUCUAUUUCACUGAAGUUAAACCAGGGAAGUAUGGGUAUAAAUAUCUUUUAGUGUUCAUAGAUACCUUCUCUGGCUGGGUAGAGGCAUACCCAGCCAAGCAUGAAACAGCUCAGACGGUGGCCAAGAAGCUGCUGGAAGACAUCUUACCCAGGUAUGGUUUUCCUGCUAUGAUAGGAUCCGACAAUGGACCAGCCUUUAUUUCGAAGGUAACACAGGCAAUAGCCAAGGUCAUAGGGGAAGAUUGGAAAUUGCAUUGUGCUUAUAGGCCCCAGAGUUCAGGGCAAGUAGAAACAAUGAAUAGAACUCUAAAAGAGACCUGCCGGGAGCCGACCAUUACGAAAUUAACCAUGGAGACUGGCGGGGACUGGGUGGCUCUCCUUCCAUAUGCCCUUUACCGGGUGAGAAACUCCCCUUACACCCUGGGUCUUACUCCCUACAAGAUCAUGUUUGGCAGACCACCCCCUAUUGUUCCUAACCUUAAAGCUGAACUCCUAGCUGAAUUUGAAAAUCAAGAAAUAUCUUUUCUCUUAAGAGGACUCCAGAGGGCACACGAGGACAUUUGGCCAAGCCUCCGUGCCAUCUAUGAGGCUGGCCCGACCCCGACGCUUCAUCAGCACAGACCGGGAGACUGGGUGUUCGUCAAAAGUCACCGCCGGGAGACCCCUGAGCCACGUUGGGAGGGCCCCUACAUCAUUGUGCUGACUACACCCACCGCUCUCAAGGUAGACGGCAUCGCAACCUGGGUCCAUCACACCCACGUCCACCCAGCUGACCCCUCUGCAGUCCAGGAGAACUUCAUCAUGCGAUGGAGCAUCGAUCAGGAUCAGCGCAACCCGCUCAAGCUCAAGCUACAGUGCGUAUGA